AUGCGUUAUGGCAAGAUCUACUUCUACGACCGAAUGGGAAAUCGUGUGAACGACACGCGUCAAGAGACGAUCAAAGGCUUCAACAGUUUCCAUGCACCGGAUUUUCGACCACCAUCUGAAGACAUAGCCACUAAAACAUUCCUAACGAGACGAAACUAUGGGGGAGAGACACCACCGCCGGAAAUUAAUGAGCGUCAUAGGCCUCUCGUUACAUCUCCACCUCUCCGAGGAAUAUAUCCCAUUGAAAGUCCACCACCUGUCGACAAUACACUGGAAUCAGAACUGCUUCUUGCACAUUUGGCACCCAAAAGUGAUGAGUUGCCGCGUGGCGAUCAAAUCGGAGAACGCCUCACAGAUGAAUUUCCCGAAGACCCGAUACUGCUCAAUCGCGUCAUCGAACCUGAGGUAUUGUCGAAAUAUGAUCAUCUGUCAGGAAGAAAGUUCAACGAAUUUUGCAAUGAUAUCGAUUCGGGAGCUAUGAAAUCGGUGAAUUAUUCAGUAGAUGGAAGCCGUCAAUAUCCCCAAGAAGAAGAUCAGUUAUGUGACCGAUGUAAGAAUGAACAAAAUCAGAUGAAUACAAUGAAUGCAGAAAUUGAACGAAUAAAACUUGAGAAUACACAAAUUCAACAACUAAAUAACCAAUGUGCAUAUGAUAUCACUGUCAAAGAGUCUGAAUUCCAUACGGAGGAAGAGCGUCGAAAAAAAGCACUUCAAGCACACAUUGAUGCAAUCAAUCGAGAAUUAAUGAAUGAACAUCAAACGCGUCAGCAGCCAACUUUUAACGAAACCUCAGUUUUGUUUGGUUACGAUGAAGAGAGGAAGCCAAACAGAGAUGAUCAAUUACGGUAUAAAGAAGCACUGGAUAAUCAAAUAGUGAGUGAACGGCGAAGAACGAUAAAGGAACGAGACGAAGAAAUUGAUGAAGCGAACCGUUUCAAUUUGGCUGCUGCGAACGACUUAGCAAAAGAAAGAGAAUUCCGAUUAGCCCAAGAAGGCCAUGAGCGCGAACAACUGAAGAAGUUUCAAGAAUUGCAAACACAGUUGAAGUCACAAAAACAGAAUAUUUCGGAGGAACCGUGGUGGGUUCGAAGACCAGAUGAAUACGGUUGGAGAGAGCGUAGAUUACAAGCUCAAAAUAAUCAAGAAUCCCUUCAACGAUUGGAGGACUUUAAGCGGCGUCUUGAACAACAAGAUGAGCAGCUGAGAAGUGAGCAUAAAUUGAGAUACGAUGCGAUUCGCGAGAAGAUUCAUGAGCAGAGUGCUUUGAUCAUGCAGCGUGCCGAUCAAGCUAGAGGCACAAUUAGACCAGUCAACAGAACUGUCGUUGAUGCAUGGAAACGUGAAUGGGAACGUAAUAAUGAAAGAUAUCGAAUUUUGCAACAAGGAAAAACGAAAGCACCAUCAUAUAUAGAGACGAUUGGAAUGAAUCGUGUUAAACGUUGCCGUCGAUGUUCACGUCCAAUCGGCAAUCUGUGA